CGCUGUCACGCCCCUCCCACAGAGGCUCCGAUGGUUCCUCCCUGACCCGCCUCUGCUCGUCCAGAUCUAUAUACGCUGCACACCCUUCACCUACUCGUCGAUUCGAGAUCUCGGCGGACACCUGCUUCUUGGAUUUGUCCGCAUUGCCUGCGGAAUCCAAGGUCGAGAUUCCACCGGGAACCUGCUUCUGCCGGCUGAGACCUUCGCACCAUUGCAUGGUCGCCAGCGGUGGGCGUUGAUUUGAGGUAGACAAGUGGCGGCCUGAGAAUGGGGGAGUCGAAGUACACCAAGGGCUGCUCCGGAUGGCUAAUAGUGCUCGUGAUAGCGGCGUUGGUCGUCGCCGCGGCCGUGUUCGCGAUCAAGAAGAAGCACCACCACCGGGAGGUGCUCCCCGUCCCGGGGCCGCCGGGGGCCAUCAACCAGAAGUAUGCCGACGCGCUCGGCGUGGCUCUGCAGUUCUUCCAAGUGCAAAAAUCGGGCAAGUUGGUUGAUAACAAGAUCACUUGGCGAGGGGAUUCGGCUUUGCAUGAUGGAAAAGAUGCGGGAUUGGACCUUUCAAAAGGAAUGUAUGAUGCAGGUGAUCACAUGAAGUUUGGUUUUCCCAUGGCUUAUACAGCAACAGUUUUGUCAUGGUCGAUCCUUGAAUAUGGGGAUCAAAUUUCGGCUGUGGACCAGCUGGAUCUGGCUUUAGAUGCUCUCAAGUGGAUCACAGAGUUUUUUAUCAAUGCCCAUCCUUCUGACAACGUGUUGUAUGUCCAGGUGGGAGAUCCUGAUUUAGACCACAAAUGUUGGGAAAGGCCAGAAACAAUGACUGAAAGUAGGCCUCUCGUUCAGGUCAACAAAACUGUUCCCGGAACGGAUGUGGCUGCCGAAACAGCUGCAGCCAUGGCUGCAGCUUCUUUGGUUUUCAAAAGUAUCAACAGUACCUAUUCAGACUUGCUCCUUCAGCAUGCCAAGAAGUUAUUUACUUUUGCUGAUAAACAUAGAGGUAUCUACAGUGCCGGCAUCCCAGAAGUCCAGACGUACUACAACUCUACUGGUUAUGGUGAUGAACUCUUGUGGGCAGCUAGCUGGCUUUAUCAUGCCACUGGUGAUAAAACAUAUCUAAGCUAUGUUACAGGGGAAAAUGGAGAUGCUUAUGCUGACUGGGGUAGACCAACUUGGUUCAGCUGGGAUGACAAACGAGCUGGAACUCAGGUCCUUUUGUCCAGAGUAAACUUCUUUAGCUCAUCCGAAUCCUCAAAUGCAGAUAUGAAGAGUCUGCAAUCGUACAGGAAAACGGCGGAAGCUGUCAUGUGUGGCUUGUUACCAGAUUCCCCAACAGCCACUUCGAGUAGAACAGAUGGUGGAUUAGUAUGGAUAGAUGAGUGGGAUGCUCUUCAGCAUCCUGUAGCUGCUUCAUUCUUGGCUGUCGUUUAUAGUGACUAUAUGCUUACAUCCCGUACCUCAGAAAUAGAUUGCAGUGGGAAAACUUUUACUCCUUCUGAUCUCCGUGACUUUGCUACAUCCCAGGCCGAUUACAUAUUGGGCAACAAUCCGAUGAAGCUGAGCUACCUCGUAGGAUACGGAAGCAGCUACCCUCAACAGGUUCACCACAGAGGGGCUUCCAUUCCUGCCAAUGCUAAAACCGGCUGUAACGGCUUCCAGUGGCUCUCGUCUACUGAUCCAAACCCGAAUGUAGCCAUGGGAGCACUUGUGGGCGGGCCAUUCCAGAACGAUUCAUACAUCGACAGCCGUAACAACUCGAUGCAGGGGGAGCCGAGCACCUACAACAGUGCAGUGCUGGUGGGACUGCUCUCCGGCCUGGUGACCACCUCCUCUGUGGCCACAUCUUUCACCUGAGUUUGUCAUGGCUGACGUUCGUUGCUAUGCUAAAGUACUACGGUGAACACUCAGCUCUUGGAUUUGGUUAUGUGCUGCUGCAUCAGUGGAAGCAGGGAUUUGCUGCAUCUUUUGAAGCAACUUCGAGGUGUAAAUAUAGAGAAUCUGAAUUGUUGUUUUGUGCGAUAUGUAUGUCUACAGUUGACCAUUUGGAACCUCUAUGAAGAUUUGUACUGUCACUUGUCAAUUAGUCCAUCUACACUACUUUUAAGAUCAAAA